AACCACUGUUCAGGAGGUUAUAUCUGUGAACCCCUGGCAUCAUAUUUGAAUUAUAAAUGUGAAAGAAUGGCAAGCACUCUACCUCCCAAUCCUAGAUCAGACACAGGGGAGAAGUUACAUCAGUGUAUGGAGUGUGGAAAACAAUUUGAUUGGAAAAGUUCUCUUACUGUACAUGAACGGACCCACACAGGGGAGAAGCCAUAUCAAUGCAUGGAAUGUGGAGAAAGCUUCAGUCAGAGUGGCKAUCUACGUUCCCAUSAAAGGAUCCACACAGGGGAGAAYCCARAUAAAUGCYUGGAAUGUGGAGAAAGCUUCAGUCAGAGUGGCAGUCUAUGGUCCCAUCAAAGGAAGCACACAGGGGAGAAGCCAUAUAAAUGUGUGGAAUGUGGAAAGAGCUUCAGUCACAGUGGCCAUCUAUGUUCCCAUCAAAGGACGCACACAGGGGAGAAGCCAUAUAAAUGCAGGGAAUGUGGAGAAAGCUUCAGUCAGAGUGGCAGUCUAUGGUCCCAUCAAAGGAUCCACACAGGGGAGAAGCCAUAUAAAUGCGUGGAAUGUGGAAAGAGCUUCAGUCACAGUGGCACUCUACGUUCCCAUCAAAGGAAGCACACAGGGGAGAAGCCAUAUAAAUGUGUGGAAUGUGGAAAGAGCUUCAGUGACAGUGGCCAUCUACGGUCACAUCAAAGGAUCCACACAGGGGAGAAGCCACAUAAAUGCGUGGAAUGUGGAGAAAGCUUCAGUCAGAGUGGACAUCUGCGUACCCAUCAAAGGAAGCACACAGGGGAGAAGCCAUAUAAAUGCGUGGAAUGUGGAGAAAGCUUCAGUCGUAGAGAUAGUCUGCGUUUCCAUCAAAGGAAGCACACAGGGGAGAAGCCACAUAAAUGCGUGGAAUGUGGAGAAAGCUUCAGUCGUAGAGAUAAUCUGUGUUCUCAUCAAAGGAAGCACACAGGGGAGAAGCCAUAUAAAUGUAUGGAAUGUGGAGAAAGCUUCAGUCUGAGUGGCAGUCUACGUAGACAUCAAAGGAGUCAUACAGGGGAGAAGCCAUAUAAAUGUAUGGAAUGUGGAAAGAGCUUCAGUGACAGUGGCACUCUACGGUCCCAUCAACGGAUCCACACAGGGGAGAAGCCAUAUAAAUGUAUGGAAUGUGGAAAGAGCUUCAGUGAGAGUGGACAUCUGCGUACCCAUCAAAGGACCCACACAGGGGAGAAACCACAUAAAUGCAUGGAAUGUGGAAAGAGCUUCAGUCACAGUUCGGGUCUGCAUACCCAUCAAAGGAUCCACACAGGGGAGAAGCCACAUAAAUGCAUGGAAUGUGGAAAGAGUUUCAGUCUCAGUGGCACUCUACGGUCCCAUCAACGGAUCCACACAGGGGAGAAGCCAUAUAAAUGCAUGGAAUGUGGAGAAAGCUUCAGUCGCAAUGGCGCUCUUCGUUCCCACCAAAUGACUCACACAGUACAGAAGCCAUAGAAGUGCAUAGAAUGUGGAGAAAGUUUCAGGCAGAGUAACUGUGAAGGAGUCAUUAUUAAACUGCUGCCACCAAUUGUAACGAUGACCGUUUUAAUGCCACCGAAUGCCACCAAUUGUGAAGGUGCACGUGGUAAAGCACCCACUGCCACCUUAUCUAUGAGGGAAGCCGGGCAACGAUCAAUAUCAGCCUAGGAACUAUUUUAUAAAGGGACUGUUUCUGGCUGACUUUAUUAUUGCAGGCUGUUCAACUUAGAAGAAACUGUAUCAGGCAAGGCUUGAGGAAAAAGUAACAAGUUUAUUUUAACAGGAGUAUAACAAUG